AUUUGCUGAGACUGGGUUAAAAGCUCUAGGACUGGAGAUUGGGGCUCCAAGGGGGGCCCACCUGAGCUGGGACUAAGGGACAAUUUGUGCCUGCACAAAUACUUGUCCAGCAGGAGGGAAAGGCAGUGCUGGAGAGCUACUGGGGAGUGGAGUGCAAGCAGGGGGUACCAGAAUUGGAAGAAUCUGAGCAGGUCAUGUGGAUGAAGAGGGUGAAGGAAGCAGGUGGAAGCUGUGCUAGGGACCACUCUCCAUCAGUGACAGGAAUGACAUCCAGCAUGCUUGAAUCUCACCUUCUUGGUCAUAUGGGUCUCAUCAUUGCUAGCCCCAGGUUUGAUCAGAAGAUUACCUGCUGCACUACUGGUUAUUCUGUCAUUAUUCUAUCUAUCUAUUAUACCACAGAACUGAUCAAGGUUGAUAAAUUAUUCAUCACUGACAGUGAUUUUUGUGCAUGGUGUUAUUAUGCUGCAUUAAGACAUUUUUUCAAUAGUUUUCCAGAGUUUUUGUUAUUGUUGUGGUUGCUGUUUAAAGAAACGUUAUGCUCAGUUUGGUAUUCAGUUCAUAGGUGAUGUGCUCUUGGGAUGCUCCAGGGCUGUGCAGUAGGUUUCCCCCUGUCUACAGCGAAAGGGAAAAAGGGGGACGUUUUGCUGUGAAUCAGGAAAGAAUUUUUAUGAUGAGUUUGAAUUAUUUGCUAGAAUAUUCUCAUGUGGUUUGAGGCAUCCAGGUUUUCAGACUCUGAGUGGUCGUUUGUUCUCCAUUUUCUGGGUACACAAGCAGGCUCUGGAGCCAUAUUUGCAGGCAUUAUUAGCAUAUCUGUAGCUGAAUCGGCAAGAGUACUUUGAACUUAGAGUGUACUAUAAUGUUAGAUACUCUGAAAUGUCAGGUCUUUAGUUUCAAGAUUGUGAUGCCUAAAACCAGAAGAUAUUUUAAUCUCGUACUGUCUGUGAUUUCCUUUAAUCCUACAGUUGCCCAACUUCUUGAUACUUCAAGUGCCAUAGUGUAUGAUGUAAACACCAGCCUUUCUGCUGAAUGGCUUAUCCUGAAAUACAGAAGAGAGCAAAAAGGAAAGGAAAAGUAGGCCUGGAUUUGUGUAGAAGGAAGGACAAAUGAAUACACACAGUUCUGUCGAGUCAGGCUGUUUCAUGGGAAGUUGUUAUUUCUUUAAAAGAGUGGGCACACCAAUCAUCCAAGGUCAACAGCCAUUACCAGGUAUCCAAGCAGAAGAUGUAAAUCUUGUUCUCACAUGGUCUGCCAGGCCCUGAGAGUACAAACAAGUUCCUGACUAACCUUGCACACCCCCAGCAUUCUCUCUACUGUGCCCAGGGCCAGAUUUGCAACCUCUGGGCCAUCAGCUGAUCACUAUCAGCCCCAGCCCCAUCAAGGCCACAGAAGGGCUGGGCUCCAGCUCCCCACAGACCUGCUUGCCAUAGGCCUGGCCCAACCAGCCCCACCCUUAGCACCUUGUCACCAUGGCCCUCCCUGAUGAUCGUACGGGCUGAACCUGGCCACCAACUCCAGGUCUUUGGUGUUCAGAAGCAGUGGGGAUGGGUUCAGGCUGGUGGUGCCCUGCCAUGCUGGCUGUGUUGUUAUUGCACCUGGCUCCCAGAUGCCCAUCCCUAUGGGAAAAUCUGUCCUUCAUUGUUCCUUGACAGUAUCUUCUUUAACAUUUGUUCUUCACAGAAUUACUCAUUGUGUCUUUUCUGCCCCCUUUCUCAGCCUCCUUUCCCCAUAGCAUCUUUUGAGCAGGCUGCAUAGUGUUUGUUUCCCAUGGCCCCAGUUCUUCCACACAUCCUCACGGCGCAGCUCCCUGACUCUGGGAUUUUUUCUGUUGGACUCUGCUGCUUUUUUCUGUGUCCUCUUUUAUUCUUCCUUGCUUUGUUUCUUUUCAUCCCCAAACUGGCUUUUCUUUUUACUUGCUCUUUUGUGUGAUGGUUGGUAACAGUUUUAGCAUACUGGCAGCCUGAGUGGUGUUGGCAUCCCAGAAAAGGAGGAUUUUAAGGAGUGAAUUUAAGUAAAAACUACACUCAAUUUGUAAAUGCUUCAGAAACUUCUUCUAGAGAAGGAAGGCAACAGGGGAAACAGCAGAAACUGUUUAUUGGCAGCAAUUAAUGGUGGAAGGGGCUAGUGGUAUGACUGAGUAGAAGGUAAAGUUGUGCUUUUAAUUCUGCAUGAGAAAUGACAAGAAAAGUCUUGGAAGACAAGACAGGGAGAUGAAAUGGAAAAGGAGAAGCUAGUAGGCAUAAAAUGGUGAUGUAAUGAAAAUAACAAGCAGCUUAAUGAUGGCACUGAGGAACGUUGCAUUGCAGUUGCUGAGGUCAGAAAGAAACCUGGUACAGUAAUAAGAGUCUGAUAUGACAACAGCAGAGAAGAGACUUAGUUAUGUGCAUGUGCAACGUUCUUUGCCAGAGGGUGGUGGGCAUGGAACAGGCUACCCAGGACAGUGGUCACGGCCCAAAGCUGCUGGAUGUCAAGAAACAUUUGAAGAAUGUUCUUAGAAAUAUGACUUGAAUUUUGUCUGACCCCACAUGGAGACAGAUCAGAUUAUCCUUCAUGCAGUGAGCCCUUGGCUGUUUGCAGUCUGCUGAGAUUUUCUAAUCCACUAAUGAUUCUCCAUGGAAAAGGGAAGCCUACCUGCAGAGACUCGUGUUACUCGGCUCUCCCUUCCUUGUGUCCAUCCAUAACAUCAGUUGGAAUGGGGAGGCUGUAGUGAUCAAAGGGCAUACUCAGAACUGUGUCCAGCAAAACUUGCUUUUUCCUGUUCAUUUUUUGUGCAUCAUGCUCUCCUCACCUGCUGUAUACCUGUGCACAUACAGAGAUUUUCCCUGCCUUCCAGUGACUGGCCCUACUGAUACCUUUCUUCACUUGUGGCUUCAAAUUUGUCACGAACACACGGCGGAUUUCCAGUUUAGAGGUACCUUCGUCUUCCUUCCUGUGAAAAUACUAUGAAUCCGAAGACAUUAAUUUUCCUUCUCCCAAAUUUUAUUUUUGGGAUAUUUCUUUUUGGGCUUUUCUUUAGCAGACAAAAAAAUCUAUUGGGUUUUUUUCCUGACCACACUGAAGAUUGGCUAACAGUUCAACGUGAUCGCAGAAACACCCUGGCUUCCGUCUGCCAGAAGAACAACCUCAUUAAAUUAGAAAGUAAAUUGGAUUCUCAUGUUGCAAGCCAGAUUUUUGUGGAGCACAAACAUAAAUUUACCUACUGUGAGGUGCCCAAGGUAGGCUGCUCCAACUGGAAGAGAACUAUUUUUAUUCUCCAAGAAGGCUUGAAUGUGGAAGCCUCUGAAAUUCAGCAUGACCACAUUCAUCGUACCUCGCUGAUCAAAAGGCUGAGUGCUUACCCUCCUGGCGAACAAGAGGAAUUCCUAAACAGUUACACCAAUGUGAUGUUCACCAGACACCCAUUGGAACGGCUGGUAUCAGCUUACAGAGACAAGCUGCUGCAUUUUGAGCCAUAUUACAGUGCCACUGUUGCUAAUCGGAUUAAGGCAAUGUUCAGGAAAAGCAAAAAUUCCACUGAAAAAGUGAGUUUCCAGGAGUUUGUCAGCUUCAUUACAGCAGUACCACCAAAUUCUCUUGACAUUCACUGGAAACCCAUGUUUCUGCUCUGUGAUCCUUGCAACAUUCACUAUGAUAUUCUGGGCAAGUAUGAAACUCUAGGGUUAGAUUCCGAGCAAGUUCUAAAGGCAAUUGGUGCACCAGGGAGCCUGCGGUACCCCAGCUUGAAGAGAUACAGCUCAGAGAAACGAACUAAUGGAGACAUCACCUUGGAGUACCUCAGACAAUUGAGCUCAGAACAAAUUGAGAAGAUUAAAAAAUUAUAUCAAAUGGAUUUUCUCUUGUUCAACUAUACUUUGAAAUAUGAGGACUAUUUUCUCUGAAACGUUAAUGCAGCUUAAAUGGUGAAAAAUUCAUCUCAUACAAAAUGAGCUGAACUCGUUCUUACAGGUGCUUGAUAGGUAUAUGACUGCUGAAGAGAUUUUAGUGGUGUUUAGAGACAUGGUUUUAUUCGUUCUAAGCACUCUUAUAACAAAUCCCUGCCCUGAUUUGCAGUACAGUGUUUCACCUAUAUGAUUUUUUUUUCUUUCUGAUGAUCAUAUAGAUAUGUUUGCUUCACGAAGACUACUUGUAAAACAUAGAUUUUUAGUCUGUUGGUAGGAGAAAAGGGUGAAAAAUGUUGUUUUUCACAAUUAGUGUUUUACAGAUUUUUUUAAUUAAAAUGAUUUUUAUAUAUUUUUUUAAGAAAAAGAUAAAUCAAUAGAUCGAAUAUUUUAGUGUUAAACCACUCUAUCUAUAAAAAGCCUCAAAUGUGCAUCCUGUAGGAAAGAAGCAAAUAACUUUAGAUAUCUGGAGCUGUGUUACAGAGAACUUAAUACCUGACUAUAUUCCCUUCUGGUAGUGCUCUUAACAUACAAGCCUCUUCCAUCAAGCAGCAUAGUCAGCAGCAGUCCAGCUAGGGCUUCCCUAAUGUGUCUUCAGAGUCUUCUGAUUCUUUUUACUGCCUUUGUGGACAGGAUGAUCUGAUCUAAGAGGAAAGUCUAAAAAAUAUCUUCCUUUGAGAAGAAACCAGAGGUACUUUCUAGACUGUUCAAUGGAGGCAGUGCAGGAUCUGAACUCAUAGUGGAAAUGUGGCUCUGACCAAUUCUUCAAAAGAACUUAGCAACUAGUCAACACAAGUAACACUGUUCAGGCUUUUCACAGCUGUGCCUGCUGGAGACCCUGAGCCUCGGAGACUUACCUGAGUGUGAUACUUAGGUGAAGGUAAUAUAUUUCCUGUUGCUUUCUUACCUCACAGAAAGAUGAAUGCAAAUUAACUGCAAAGUUAUGGUGAGGGAAACAAUGAAACGUGUGAGAAGCCAUUUAAAACAUAAUCCGUCUCUUCCACUCUUAGGUAGCUUUGGUUUUAGAUCAGGGAGAUUUGUUAAGUAUUUUUGCCCUGUUGUUUGGAAACCUAGUCUCACUGAAAAUGAUUUACUAUCAUGUCAAUUGUAACAAUUUUCAGAAACUUUCCAUUAAUGCAGCCUUUAGGGGAUGUUGAUUUCAGGAGCAAACUUAAAAUCUCUUAAAUCUCACUGUCAAAUGGAGUUAUUUCCUACCAGCUGUAUCUUCAAAGAAAGACUGCCAGGCUAUUCCUCAAUCCAAUGGCUCACAGCUUAUUACACAGAAAAGGACAAGAUAAUUUAAUUGCACUGGAUCCUACUAGCUGUUCUAUGUGUCUAGCAGUUCUUGAAUGGAUGACCAUUUCAUAAAAUGGACAGCUUUGAUACAGAAAGGAUCCAAAGCAAGAAACCUAAGCAAACUCAGCAAGACAACCUUAAAAAAUAAAAAUCUUUUUAUUCUCUUCAGAGUGAUUCAUGGCUCUGGAUCACCAUAUUUGGUAUCCAUACAGUCCUACUAUCCUCCAACAUUCUCGCCUCUCUGGAAAGCCUGUGCUUUGCAUGUUUGUUUGUUUGGUUUAAAUUUAAUUUAUUACAAUUAUUACUUUAUUUGUGCUGAGGCAGAGGAAGCUGGAAAAGAUUCCCACUGAAGUUAAGUCUGUGCAAAAGGAUGUGGCCUUUUUCUUUCCUGGAUCAGAUUUAGUGCCAUCUCCUACCAAGUACUACUCGUAUCUUUUGCCAGAUUGUGAGGAGAAAAAAGAGGGAAAUUAAGAUUUGCUUGAUAACUUCCUUCAGCAUGAUAAUUCCUUCCAGAGCCAUAAGCUUCAGAACAGGUACUUCAGUUUUUCUGCCACCACCAGCCAGCCUAGGAAAUGUCUGAAGAAAUGAUAUUGAUGAAGGUGUUUGUCAGUACUUCAGUGUUAACACUCCCCACCAGUUUCUUGCUGUUAUGCAUGGGUGGCUUUCUAUUCUUAUUUCCUCUUUCAUGUUUGUCACAGUGGUGACAGAAAAUGGAUGGGUAAUUCAUUUGUCACCAAAUACUAGUCAGUAACUGGGGGCUAUUGAUGCAGAAAAACCUGUAUAGCUAUUCAUGACGGACUUUGAUUUAGCAUUUACCUAUAUUCAAACUGUAUUCAAACUGUAUGGCAGUAAAUUUCCAGGAACUACUGGCUGCUGUAAUUAUGUCUAGCUGGUGUGGAUCUCAACAACAGCAAUUGUGGGGGAUUCAAGCAUGCACAUACAACUUCAGAUGUUCUAGGAGGAAGCAGUGUACAAGAACAGUUGUGUAUUAUCAACACUAACAAAAGGAGGAUGAUAGUUAACUGCUGGAAAACAGAAAAAAAAAAAAAAAAAAAGCCAUUACCUUAUAACCUGGCUGUUAUAGCAUUCUCCUGUUCACUACAUUUCUGUCUCUCAGCUUGCAAAUAAUCCACAACAUCUCUCUCCCAAGAGCUGCUGCUCAGUGAGGCAGGAACACACAAGCUCCACAGUAUUUCAGAGUUAUUGAAAACAAUGGUGACUUGUUUUAUGCUGUCAGUGAUGACUGCCACUUGGUUUAUUCUUCAGAUGACCCAUAGGGCCCAUUUCACUAAAUAGCCUUUCCAGUUCUCCAGUUAAAGGACUUACUGUUAUUUCAUUCUUGGUACUGCAAUAUAAUGAGGCUCCAGACAUAAUCCUGCAAUCAGCCUGCAAGAACUUCAAGACACCUGUACACUUAAUGGUGAAAAGGAGAAGACGAUGAUGACUUUGGAAUGAAGAAAACUCACGAUGACCUGGUAGAGAAAUUUCUUGCACUCUCCUCCCUCUAAGUGUGCUAUCCAGAAUAGAGGCUCCAAGCUGAACUGGCUCCCACCCACCUUUGCAGGAGAAGAAGGUCUGGGGAACUCCUUUCAUUUCAGCUCUAACUCUGGGUGUUGUUUUCCUGGGAAGAAGCUGGGUGUGUGCAGAUGGGAACAGGGAUAGAGGCAGCAUGGAGGGGAGAGGGGCUCAGAUCUCAGAGAAGAUUAGAAGGGGUUGAAGGUUGCUAUAAUUCAUCUUCUGAUUUGUCAUUAUAUUUGUUCAUGAUAUAACUGUUGCUAUGCUUUAUAUCUAAUUACUGUAAUAAACGGUAGUGAGUUGACACGUUCA